AUAAAUCGUAUAACUGGUUGGUCUUGUGGCCAUGACCCUUUAACCUCGCGGGAGAGUGGCUUCCGACGGUUUUUUUUUUUUUUAAAAUUAAAUUAUUCCAAGGCAAUUGAAAGACCAUGAACUUGUGUUACUGGACUGCUGACUGGCAAUAUUUUUCCAGUGAACUAUUAAAACGAGACAGAUGUGUACAAAGCUGGUUUAGUAACAUUCAUUGUUUAGGCUCGGCAGACAGCAAUCCAUCCACCCAUACACGAGAAAAAGGAUGUUGAGGUAUGAGCAUGCCAAUCGGAAAUUCCCAUUUCUAAACAUAGUCGCUCUUUCCUCGUCAGGCGGCUUUCUUGUGCAAUCACACGAUGGCGCCAACAAAUAAAAGCGGUGUUGUAGUUUGUCGACAGCUAAGUGACUGCUUAAACAGGACGGUUUCAGUAGACUAGAAUAAAACGUUUUCGGUAUGGCCACGUCCUUCGCAGAAAAUAAGGGAGAAGCCAUUUCGACAUGCAGGGUGCAGGAGUCCAUUGGGUGUGAAAAGCUGCUUUCGGGAGAAAAGAAGAAAGCGGGAAGCACAGAAAGCUCGUCACAGAACUCUUUACAAGUAGGCGAGGCAGACUUCCACGACAUACAAGCACAUUUUCUUCACGACAUCGUAGCGAAGGCAUGGCCACUGGGUGUCGAACCCUAUGUCCGACAACGGAGCGAACACUGGCCUCCUACAGGCAAACACAUCCUGGCUCAUUUCGAUGACAGCAGCAUCAUUGUUUACCAAGCUUAUUGUCCUGAAAUUGCAAAGUAUGCCGUCAAACAUCAACGAUUUGGUGGUGAUAAGUUUAGUUUUGACCGAAUGUCCUGGAUUAAGACCAACUUCUUGUGGAUGAUGUAUCGCUGUGGAUGGGCAACCAAGCCUAAACAAGAGCGAGUACUUGCCGUCAGGAUAACACUGGAUGGGUUCAAUCAGAUUCUGUCAGCUGCAUACACUGCCCAGCAACAGAAAAGUCAAAAUCUUCAGACAAAUGACAUUUCAGUCCGUUUGCAAUGGGAUCCUGAUCAUGAUACAAAUGGCAUCAAAGAGACAAGAAGAGCUAUUCAGUUGGGACUAAAACAAGAAAUUCUGCAUAAGUAUGCCACCCAGUGGGUGACGAGCAUAACAGACAUUACUCCAUUUGUCCACCAUCAACACAAAGUUUUGCACAAGAAAGGGCAGCACGAAUUUAUCAUGCCAUGUGAACGAGUGUACAUCCCUCCAUCAUCUAAUAUAUGUCAACAAAUAGCGCUUGACUCUCACAAAACAUUCGAAGCUCAACUUGUGAAUGCUUUUUAAUUGCCAUCAUGUCAUGGACAGUUGGAAUUAAGUAGUUUGGGACUCAAAAGGUUUUGCUGAUUUCUAUGAUACCUAUUUGCAACAUUUGUAUCAAAAUGUGGAAAACCGCAGACAUUAUUUUUUGUAUAAAAAAUAAAGUGUUUUAAACACCA